GGUAAAAUAUGGUGGUCACUUGUCUUCCAUGAUGCAUGUGGAAAAAUAUGAUUCGACAGUUUAUGGAAAGUUGGAUAAAUCUUGCUGAUAUAUUUGGAAGUAAGAAAACCUCUCAACACAGUUAGAUGGCGAUAACUUGACAGCAUACAUUGUAACCAAAGAAGUUCAAGGUCAGAUAGCUUUAUCCUCUUACGAAACUUUAAAGAAUUAUUAUAGUGGAAAUGGCGUUUAUAGCUUCAAGAUUUCGUAUUUCGAAUAUAAUACGACACAAAUUUACAGCCAUCUCAUGUAGAUGCCAAGGAACUGCUCAACCACAAACUCAAACUAAAGAUAAUGUUAAAACUGAAGCGACCUUUAACUGGCAGGAUGCACUAAAUCUGGAGAAUCUAUUAUUAGAAGAUGAGAUACUGGUACGGGACCAGUUCAGGGCCUACUGUCAGGACAGGUUAAUGCCAAGAGUCCUCAUGGCAAACAGAAAUGAAAAAUUUGACAGAGAGAUUAUACCAGAAAUGGGGUCUAUAGGAGUGCUUGGACCACAUAUACAUGGUUAUGGUUGUGCUGGAGUGUCAUCUGUAGCUUAUGGUCUCAUAGCCAGGGAAGUAGAGAGGGUAGACAGUGGUUACAGAUCUGCUAUGAGUGUCCAGUCUUCCUUAGUUAUGCAUCCAAUAAACGAAUACGGUACAGAAGAACAGAAACAAAAAUACUUACCUAGAUUAGCAAAAGGGGAGCUAAUCGGGUGUUUUGGAUUAACAGAACCUAACCAUGGAAGUGAUCCUUCAUCUAUGGAAACUAAAGCCAGAUACAAUCCAUCCAGUAAAACCUUCACAUUGAAUGGAACUAAAUCUUGGAUAACAAACUCACCUAUUGCAGAUGUAUUCAUUGUGUGGGGUAAGUGUGAUAGAGACAAUAACAAAAUCAGAGGAUUUAUAUUAGAGAAAGGAAUGAAAGGAUUAACAGCUCCAGUGAUUCAAGGCAAGUUUUCAUUGAGGGCCAGUAUAACAGGACAGAUCUCUAUGGAAGAUGUAGAAGUACCUGAAGAAAACAUGCUACCAAAUGUCAUGGGACUAGGGGGUCCCUUUGGUUGUUUGAACAGUGCACGCUAUGGUAUUGCUUGGGGGACAUUAGGGGCAGCAGAGUUUUGUUUGGAAACAGCCAGGCAAUAUACAUUAGACAGAAUUCAAUUCAAAAAACCUUUGGCCAAGAAUCAGUUGAUACAGAAAAAAAUGGCUGAUAUGUUAACAGAGAUUUCUUUAGGAUUACAGGCCUGUGUACAAGUCGGCAGGCUGAAGGAUCAAGGAAAGGCUACACCAGAAAUGAUUUCUAUGAUAAAGAGAAAUUCAUGUGGUAAAUCUUUAGACAUAGCUCGUUUGGCAAGAGACAUGCUUGGUGGAAAUGGAAUCUCAGAUGAAUAUCAUGUGAUUAGACAUGUGAUGAACCUUGAAGCUGUCAAUACAUACGAAGGUACUCAUGACAUACAUGCAUUGAUAUUGGGAAGAGCUAUCACAGGAAUCCAAGCUUUUACAUCAGAUUGAUAUAGUGUGUUGUGACUUCUACCAGUCUUCUAGUCAGUGAAGAGAAGGUUAUUCAAUUAUAUUAUCUAUAUAGUAUACGGAAGACACUGGUAUUACCUCAAUGGUAAAGUGGCAUUAAGAAGACAACUGUCCACCUCAUUUUGUUUGCUUCAAAACAGUUCUUUUAUCAUUGAGAUUGUAUAUUUAAUGAACAAGUAUAUAUUACAAAAAAUACAUUAAAAAGUGUAUUUUAAUGAUAAGCAGUGUGCCAAGUCUAUAUUUUUUUUUAUCUUAUUCAGAUUGAUAACAUUGUCAUUACUAUUCAGAGUUUAAUUAAGCUUCUAUGUUGAUAUUUAUAGACCAGUUAUAGGUUUUGGAUGAAGCAAUGAAGCUUCUAUUUGUCUUGUUAGUUAUUUCCUAAUAAUGUGAUUUUGUAAAAGUUUUCUCAUAAAAAGUGAGGAAGAUGUAGAAGGGCAGGUAAAUAUUAAAAGUUUAAGGACAGAUAACACCAUCCUCUUAAGAAAAAAAGGCAAACAACAUUCUACAUCACACAGAAAACUAAAGAUUAAUAACAUGAAUCCGCUCAAAACUGGGGGAAUGUGAAUUCUUGUACUCCAGAAGGAAAAGCAGUUCCUACUCUACUAUAGGCACUCUUAUUUUUGCUUGUGUCAAGGAAAGACCUGGUGAAAUCUUAAAUUAGAUAAGGAAUUACCUAUACAUUUAUAGUUUACUUAUGUUUUUAUACACCCAUCAGUGACAGACCUAUAAUUAGAUAAGGAAUUACCUAUACAUUUAUAGUUUACUUAUGUUUUUAUACAUCCAUCAAUGACAGACCUAUAAUUAGAUAAGGAAUUACCUAUACAUUUAUAGUUUACUUAUGUUUUUAUACAUCCGUCAGUGACAGACCUAUAAUUAGAUAAGGAAUUACCUAUACAUUUAUAGUUUACUUAUGUUUUUAUACAUCCGUCAGUGACAGACCUAUAAUUAGAUAAGGAAUUACCUAUACAUUUAUAGUUUACUUAUGUUUUUAUACAUCCGUCAGUGACAGACCUAUAAUUAGAUAAGGAAUUACCUAUACAUUUAUAGUUUACUUAUGUUUUUAUACAUCCGUCAGUGACAGACCUAUAAUUAGAUAAGGAAUUACCUAUACAUUUAUAGUUUACUUAUGUUUUUAUACAUCCAUCAAUGACAGACCUAUAAUUAGAUAAGGAAUUACCUAUACAUUUAUAGUUUACUUAUGUUUUUAUACAUCCGUCAGUGACAGACCUAUAAUUAGAUAAGGAAUUACCUAUACAUUUAUAGUUUACUUAUGUUUUUAUACACCCAUCAAUGACAGACCUAUAAUUAGAUAAGGAAUUACCUAUACAUUUAUAGUUUACUUAUGUUUUUAUACACCCGUCAGUGACAGACAUAUAAUUAGAUAAGGAAUUACCUAUACAUUUAUAGUUUACUUAUGUUUUUAUACACCCAUCAAUGACAGACCUAUAAUGAUAUUCCAUUGUCUGGUUGUCCUAGCAGGUCUAGAGAUGAUCCAAGUUUGCUAUAAGUAAUUGGUAUGAAUUUUUCACACAAUGAUUGAUUCCAUUAUAAAGACAAUCUUAUUUUCCAUUGUGAAAGCAUUCAGAUUUUAGUAAUUACACUCAAGGAUUAUCAGCACUUUUCAUGUUAACUUAGUUUUCUUUGAAAUGUGUGUUUUUGAUAUUAACAUGUACUUUUUCGUUGCAUGGUGACAUGACCUCUUUUGAUUUUGAAGAUAUUCAGAUGUGUUAUUCCACUGGUAAGUGACAUCCAAUUAUGAAAUAUGUGACAAUUUCAAUUAUACAUGUCAUGGCUCUUGAUGCAGCUGUUUAUUUACAGAAAACUGAGCUAAAAUAGGAAGUAAUUGUUUUAUUUAUAUUCAGUUCUCUCUAUGGAAAGAGAUAAUUUUUUAACAAUAAAUGAUUUGUUAGCUGUGAUAGUUUUUAUUAUUAUUAUUGUUGAUAAAGGAGAUCAUGAUAAUUAUAAUGUGUAAAUAUUUCAUAUAAUGUCGCUUGUUUUAAAAAAAAAAGUUUCUUAUUGGAAUCAUGAUAAAGGUAUAUGUACUGAGGAUUUAUUAAUAUUUGUGAGUUUAAAUUGUUGUGGAUCAAAGUAAAACUGAAUUUUUGUACAUGCUUGAUUUCAAACGUAAAGUAAAUUUAGGUUUACUUAAACACUAACAUCCCUAGUUCACUUGUAACAACAAAAUCCAAGAAAAUUAGUACCAAAAACAUUGAAAAAUUAAUUUACACAAAGUCAGUGUUUUUUAUGUGCACUUUUGAUGCCUUAUUUGUAUUUGAUGAAUUGACAAAAAAUGUCUAGAUACUGUUAUAAAGCAUGUUAUUUUUCUACUUCUGAAACUCACAAUUUAAUUUUCUGGUGAAAUUAUCAUAAAAAAAGGUAUUUUUUAAAAGUUGUUUUACAUUAUUGGUACAAUGAUUACUAUAUAUUUGUUAUUUGUUAAGCAAAAUAAAUGAAUUAUUUCAACAUAACAUACAUGUGCUUAUAUUAUAAACAUAUUAAUGAAAAAUCAAUACCUCAGAGAAGAAGGGAGAAGGAUAUUAAAAAAGUUAAAAAUCAAUUAAUAAUCAGCAUUUUUAUGUUUAUUAUAUUUUAAAGAUUUUGCAUUUUUGAAUAUUAAAAAUUAAACGAUAUUUGAUUUGCGAUGUAUAUGUAUAAAUGUAUUUUCGUGUUA